AUUAUAAGCAAUGAUCUAGAACUGAAAACCACCUAAGUCGUCACAAGAAAACGAAGAUGGUGAUCAUCAAUGGACAACGAAGCCCUAUCAGCUUCACUACAGCCAUGUUAUCAGCAUCAAUCAUGAUGAUGAUGAUGGCAACGAUGGUGAAAGAGUGUGAUGGGUGGAUGACGCCAUGCAACGGCAGCACCACAGUGGAGUGCAUCCAUGUUGUUGAGUUCGACAAAGAGAUCGAGUUUCAGAUGGAUACAGAAAUAAAUAGGUGGAUUAUGGGGGAGGCAAAAAACACCGAUGGCCAUAUCGGUUAUCAAGGUAUGCAACAAAAUCAGCAUAUUGGAGGCGACACCGGAUCACGCAGCUACAAUGUCGGUAACAGAAAGGAUUGCAAAGCGCACCCUAAUUACUGUCAAUAGUGGUUUUGGUUCUGCUUUGCUGUGUGUUGUUUGAAUCGUUGUGGAGGUCAUUCAUUAAGUUCUCGUUGAUGCUAAAUCGCUUUGUUUCACGACUUAGUUGCUAUCGGAAUAAUAAACAUAAUAAUAUGGUGAAUCCUCUGUGUGUGUGUUGGAACUUAUGCUGUAAAAGGUAUACAUUGCUGAUGAAGCAAAGUGAUGCCCUUUCAGUAUGUCUUUGAAGUUUUUGAUGAUUGAUAUGUGUUAUAUUAUAUUAUUGACAAUGGAGUUUUGUGUGUGUUCACUCCGUGCAAA